AUGGCUAGCGAUUCUAGGCUAGUUGGCAGUAUUCUGAUCAGGGAAUGCAAGGAUGUUUUUUCAGGGUUUAAUUCUUUGGUGGAUGUUGGAGGUGGAACUUUGGCUAAGGAAAUUGCUGAUGCUUUUCUUGACUUGAACUCGAAUAACAAGAGUUUAGCCUUUGCUGGAGGAAAUAUGUUUGUAGCUAUUCCUCCUGCAGAUGAUGUUAUAAUGAAGCAAAAGUCACGGCCAUUGUCUGCAUUUCAGGAAGUCGCAAUUCGUCGAACAAUUAGAAAACAAAUGAAAGUCCCAGGAGUCCCAGGUGGCGGAGGUGGUGGGGCGGAGGUAGACGGUCCAGCAGUGUCCUCGGCCGACCUAGGGAAUGAAGAGGGCCCCGCCUGUGUCAAAGGCCGCGUACCCGGAGCUCGAACUGGUCCCAGAGGGGUAAACUAG